ACAAUCACAGCAAUCAUGUUCUCUAAACUGGUAGCCCUCUGCGCUGUAAUAGCGGUGUCCUCGGCCGGACUCCUGCCUGCUGCUGUCCACUACUCCCCUGCGGCCGCCGUCUCCUCUCAGAGCAUCGUACGUCACGACGAGCAUGCGACUCCCGUCGCCAAGCUAGCCGUCGCAGCCCCCGUCGCAUACCAUGCUGCCCCCGCCACCGUAGCCUACCACGCUGCCCCCGCCGCCGUGGCCUACCACGCUGCCCCCGCUGCUGUCACCUACCACGCUGCCCCUGCUCCCGUCGCAUACCACGCGGCUCCUGCUUCCAUCGCCUACCACGCCGCUCCUGUCGCUAAAGUGAUCGCCCAGCCUGAAGAAAUCGCCUACCCCAAAUAUGAGUACAAUUACUCUGUUGCUGACGGACACACCGGUGACAACAAGCAACAACAAGAGGUCCGUGAUGGUGAUGUCGUGAAGGGCUCAUACUCCUUCCACGAAGCCGAUGGCUCUAUCAGAACUGUGGAGUACUCCGCAGACGACCACAGCGGUUUCAACGCAGUCGUUCACAACACCGCCCCCACAGCCGCUCCCGCUGUCAUCAAGGCUGCACCAGUCGUCCUCAAGGCCCCCGUUUACGCCGCCCCCGUACACCAGUACUACCAUUAAGUUCCUGACUCCAAGCAAAUGUACCAAAUGAUUGUUAACUAUUUAUUUAAUGCAAUAUACGAAUAAUUUCGAUAAA